AUAGCUUGUAGUAUAAAUAGCAAAGCUUGUUCAUUUGUUCCUCACUCACUGACAGUAGCGUUCUUCGGAAGCUCGAAUAUCUAGAGAAAGAGCAUAUUCACCAAGUAAAGCAGAAGAAUGGAAGGCACAGUCUUCGCCCCUGCUUUAGAAGGAAUCAAACAUGUCAAGUCUGAGGAAGGAGUAAUGCUUACCAAACCUUUCUUAGAUGUCUGCAAACACAUCUUACCCAUUAUAGAGAAGUUUGGAGCUGCCAUGGCAUUGGUCAAGUCUGAUAUUGGUGGAAAUAUAACGAGGUUAGAAAACAAGUACUUGUCAAACCCAACAAAAUAUACGAAUUUGUACAGCAUGGUGCAAGAAGAGGUUGAAGCGAAGACAGCAAAAGGCUCUUCCAGUUGCACAAAUGGUCUUCUUUGGUUGACAAGGGCUAUGGAUUUCUUGGUGGAGCUGUUUAGGAAUUUACUGGAGCAUGGGGACUGGGCGAUGUCACAAGCUUGCUCUGAUUCUUACAGCAAGACCUUGAAAAAGUUUCAUGGAUGGUUAGCGAGUUCAAGUUUUUCGGUGGCAAUGAAGCUCGCUCCAGAUAGGAAGAAAUUUAUGGAUGUAAUAUGUGGGACUGGUGAUAUUGACAGUGACAUUGGACAGUUCUGUACUACUUUCUCACCGCUUCUCGAAGAGAACCACAAGUUCUUGGCCAGCGUAGGAAUGGAUGAUCUGAAAGCAUCUUAAGUCUAAAGGAAGUUUGCAACUCAGUUGAGAUUCAUCCACACUGUGAGAAACUUCUGAAACAACCAUACUUCUGCUUUAUCCUGUUGUACCAUGAGUAGAUAUAGCAUCAGACAUGAACUUUCUUGUCGGAGGACAUUGGUUUGUAACUUAAAAUUGAAGGAACUGGAUUGAGGGCAAUAAGUAAUUCUGGAGAAUAGUGUUUUGACUCAAAUAUUUAAUUUCAUUUUCCAGAUCAUGAUCACCUCUUGUGAUUUUACAUGUUUAAGGACUUCAAGUGAAUGUAUCGUUCAGUAAAGUAUUAUUACCGCAUAGUUCUAUU